UCUGCAACUCUCCCCGGCUAUGCACGGUGCUACAAUGCGCCGCCGAGUCCACCGCUCCCAUUUCCCUGAAAAAGCAUAGAAAAAAAAAACAUCUGCGACCGCACUCUGGCACCUUGGGAUGCCUGCUAAAAUACGCCGCGUGGUGCGCUACACUCUACAGGUACAUUGUCCCUCUCAAACCCUAAACCCUAAGCCCUCACUCUCUGCCCCCUUUGCUUCUUCAUCUAAACCCUAUAACUCUCAGAAAUUUGAUUUUCUCGAACAAUUUUUGCCGCUUAGCACUUCGAGUUCCAGUAGUUUUAGCAGAAUUAAUUCAAAUGAGCGGCGAAGAAUCGUCGUAGGGUUGUCGAAGAUGAUCAAAGAGCGAAAAGGCUAUGUAUUGAAGGGCUUUUCGCGGAAUUUUUGCCCAUUUUUCUUAGUACAGAUAAUGAAACUGUUUGGAACCCGAGAAACCGCGUAUGCGUUCUUUAAACUCGCGUUUAGGGACGGUUCCGAGGGGACCGUCCGGUCGUGUUGUGUUGCCGCGCAUGUUUUAGCGGCGGAGGAGCUUCGGUUUCUCGCACAAGACGUGGUUUCGAGGGUAAUUGGGAGGAUUGGGGUGGGUAGGAGUGAGGAAUUGGUAGAAUUUAUGUGGAGGGGUCACCAUGAAUACGAGUCUGAUUUCUCGGUUCUCGACACGUUGAUGCGUGGUUUUGUGAAUGUGGAAAUGGGGAAGGAGGCAUUGGGGGUUUGGGGUAGGAUGAGGAAGGUUGGACUGAGCCCAAGUUCGUCGGCGAUUACGAUUCUUUUCAAGUUGUUGCUUAGAGUUGGUGAUUAUGGUAGUGUGUGGAAGUUGUUUAGGGAUAUGGUUCGCAUAGGGCCUCGCCCUUCUAAUUGUACAUUUAACAUUAUGAUUCUUGGGUUUUGUAGAAAAGGCUUGGUUAGAAUUGGGGAGAGUUUGUUACAUGUUAUGUGGAAAUUUCAGUGUGAACCGGAUGUCAUUUCGUAUAACAUUGUGAUCAAAGCAUACUGCAUUAGGGGAUGGACAUCUGAUGCACUUAGGUGGGUGUAUUUGAUGAUUGAAAGGGGUUGUAAGCCUAGUGCUAUAACAUUUAACACAGUGCUAAAUGCCUUGUGCAAGGAUGGAAAUGUGGUGGAAGCCAGGAAGCUCUUUGAUGGAAUUCAAGAUGUAGGUGUUUCUCCUAAUACCAUAAUCUAUAACACUUUGAUGGAUGGGUAUGUUAAGGCAAGGGACAUUGUUCAGGCAAACAUGCUUUAUGAAGAAAUGAGGAAAAAUAGUAUACCUCUUGAUGGGGUAACCUUUAAUAUUUUGGUCGCUGGGCAUUACAAGUAUGGAAGGGAAGAGGAUGGUGACAGGUUAUUGAGGGAUAUAUCUCUAUCGGGAUUGCUUCCGGAUCGUUCACUGUAUGAUAUUUCGGUUGCAGGGCUGUGCUGGGCAGGUCGGUUGGAUGAAGGCAUGGAGCUUUUAGAGGAUAUGCUUGAAAAAGGAAUAACUCCAAGUGUGGUUGCUUUUAACUCAAUUAUUGCAGCUUACAGCAGGGCAGGGUUAGAAGAAAAGGCCUAUGAGACCUAUAAAAUUAUGGUUGAAUUUGAUUUAACUCCUUCAUCUUCAACAUGUAGUUCUUUGCUUAUGGGUUUGUCCCAGAAGGGGAGCCUACAAGAAGCCAGAGAGCUUUUGUGUAAGAUGAUAGAAAAGGGUUUGCCUAUCAAUAAAGUGGCUUACACGGUGCUUAUGGAUGGAUAUUUCAAGAUAGGGGAUCUGGAAGGGGCUCAAAGUCUGUGGAAUGAGAUGGCACAAAAAGGGGUAUCUCCAGAUGCUGUUGCCUUUUCAGCCUUUAUAGAUGGACUUUCUAAGGCAGGUCUGGUGGAGGAGGCAUAUGGUGCGUUUCUAGAAAUGUCGAGGAAAGGGUGUGUGCCAAAUAAUUUUGCAUAUAAUUCUUUGAUUCAUGGAUUUUGUAACCAAGGGAAGGUGAAUGAAGCAUUGAAAUUAGAGAGAGAGAUGAGGCAGAAGGGACUUCUUCCAGAUAUAUUUACCACCAAUAUUAUCAUUAGUGGGUUAUGUAAACAGGGUAGAGUGAAGUCAGCGAUUGAUGCCUUUAUAGAUAUGCAGCGGACUGGGUUGAGCCCGGAUAUUGUCACAUAUAACACUUUGAUUGGUGGUUUCUGUAAAAAUUUUGACUUGGUUAGUGCAGAUGAUUUUGUGAAUAAAAUGUAUGCCAGUGGUUGGGACCCAGAUAUUACAACUUACAAUAUUCGCAUUCAUGGUUUCUGCUCCAGUCGAAAAAUGAAUCAAGCUGUGAUGAUGUUGAAUGAGCUUGUUUCAGCGGGUAUUGUUCCAAAUACAGUGACAUACAACACUAUGAUUAAUGGCGUUUGUAGUGAUAUGCUGGAUCGUGCUAUGAUUUUAACUGCAAAACUGCUGAAGAUAGCUUUUAUUCCGAAUGUGGUUACAACCAAUGUGUUGUUGUCUCACUUUUGCAAGCAGGGGAUGCCUGAGAAGACCUUAAUGUGGUGUCAGAAGUUGAGUGAGAUCUCCUUUGAUUUUGAUGAAAUUACCUAUAGAAUAAUGGACAAAGCCUACCAUAAUAUACAACAAGAAGAUGCGGAACUUUUUAGAGGAACAUCUGCAAAGAGCCUGUUUCUGGAUUUCCUCAUGUACAUUACAUAUGAUUAUUUGCAUAGAAAUAAUCCUCACAAAGAAACAAUCCAGAAUCCUCUUAAACUAAUUGAAAGUGGUUUUGGUGGGCCCUGAAAGUUGGCUUAAAGAUAGCAGUUCAAUUCUUGUGAUCAUAAUCUUAUGCAAUCAUGAGUGUGGUACAUGCAUUCUCAAGGAACUAGGGCUUUUUUAUGAAUUUUGUGGUGAUGAGAAGUUAGAAGCAGCGUCAAUUAGGGAAAAACAUUGGGUUUAGAUGGUUUCAGUGGAGAGUAACUCCACUACAACUGGUUGCACUACAGGGAGAAAGGAAUUGCCACUAAAGAUGGGGUAAAGACAAUGAAAAAGACGGUGGCUGGUGAUUUACAGAUGAAUUGGCCCUAGAUAGAGUAGAGCAAUUGAAAAGAAUUUAUCUGACCAGCAAAAAUGUUGAAGGAUAACGUCUUGUUCAGUUGAGUUGUUUUGGUCUAUUGAAGUACUAGCUGGUGCUUACCUUUUCCUGUUUUGGUAUUGGCCUUUUGUCUGGUACUCUCUCCAUUGUGCUUUUUGGCCGGUAUCCCAGCCUGAAUUUCUUAUGGUUGAAUGCAAAGGGGAGUUCACUAGUCUAGUUUGAAUGGGAAGCAAGAAAGUUCAAUCAACAUGGAACCACAAAUGAAUUACAAAGUCUUAGCAGGCCCUCGGAGCUGAUAAACAACAAUGGGUUAAAGUGUUUUUUUUAGCAAAUGGCCGACUUUACAGCAAUGAACAUUGCUGCUGAAUUAUUCCUCUUAGUUGUUUUUCGGCAUGGAGGGGGUUAUUAUGGGAAGUUUGUUGUCAAAGUGGUGCAGAGGUUUUGCGUGGUAAGUAGCUUAUAUGACUGAUAGAACUUCAACAUGACCUUUUGUCCAGCCAAAAGAAGCUGACAUAUUACUAACAUUUUGACUUGGCAGAGUAUGAUACACUUUAUAGUUUGUGACAUUGAUUUUUUUUUUCAUGGUUCAAACUUCAAAUUGCUUGGGAAAUAAGUGUUUUGACAUCCUUGUCUUCAAAUGACUUUGUGUAUUGAAUAGGAAUCUGAAUAUUGAACACCUUUCCCUGAAGUGCACCAGCUAUAAGCUUACAAGCUUCAGAUCAUGAUUAAACUUAAAUUUUGAAUUUGCAACCACCCAUUUCCUUUGUGCAAUGGCUUGAGAACUUCCUACUUUCUUCUUAACCCCAAGAUUGAAAGUGACCAUGAUUUCAAUUGUCGUUUACUCAAUUGAAAUGAUAAUUGGGAGGACUUAUGUGGCUUCUGAAUAUUAAGAAUUGCACUGUGGACCAUCAUCUCCUUCAUUGCGUUGUAGCAGAGAAUUAUGGUCAUCGGAUUUAUACUUAUUUGGUGCACAUUGGGCGAUGCCUCAAGAUUGUGAUAGUUGGGGGGUUCCUCUGCGCAUUAUUUGAACAAUUUGAUGAAAGAGAAGCAUCCUACUUUCAACGGAUGCAGAGCUGAAUGGAGUCUCCCGCAAUACCAUUUUCUUAUGUUAUGCUCUUUGGAAAGCAUAGAGUAUCAUUCUUUCUUAGAUUUCAAUUCUCUUUCGAAAUUUAUUGUAAUUUGUUGAGAGGAUGUAUUUCAA